UUUAUGAAACUUGACGCACUUUUUAGAUGACCUCGCUUUCAGAUUGCGAUAUUUUACUGCAUAACGUUUCAUGAGAAGACAUUCACGUGUGUUGACACUGUUAUUGUGGUCUGUGAAGCUUGCCGUUUCGGCUAGUAAGCUAGUUAGUUUGCAGCUAUGUCAACGUGGCGCAGGCUGCAUGUGAAGGCGCGGACAGCUCGGGGAUUACUUACCUCCAGAGGGACGACACAACGGCACACAUGGCUGUAUGGACCUGUGACGUUAUGUCAGAACCUGAGCACAGGCACACCUCUCCGAAGUGAUUUCUUCAAAGACCUGGAGAACCAGCUGGCAGCCAUGAAGAAGAAGGCGAUGGACGCCCUGCCGGGGAGCAGCUGGAGUCCCCUGGAGAUAAACUCGAACCUUCCGCCCGAGAGGGCCGACAUUGUGAUCGUGGGAGGCGGUGUGGUGGGCUGGUCCAUCGCCUACUGGCUGAAGCAGAAGCAGAGGAAGGGAGCAGAGUUGAGGGUUGUUGUGGUGGAGAAGGACCUCACGUACUCCCAGGCCUCCACCGUGUUGUCUGCUGGGGGGAUCCGACAGCAGUUCUCCCUGCCUGAGAACAUCUACCUCUCCCUGGCCUCCGCACACUUCAUGAGGAACAUCAAUGAGCACCUCGGAGUGUGGAAUGAAGAUCCGGUGGACCUGCAGUUCAACCAAUCAGGAUACCUGUUCCUGGCCAGCGAGGAUGUGGCUCACAUCAUGGAGGAGAACUACAAGACCCAAAGGAGUGCUGGAGCCAUAGUUUCUCUUCUCUCUGCGACACAACUGAAGGAGAAGUUUCCAUGGAUAAACACAGAGGGUGUGGUGCUCGCCUCAUAUGGGUUGGAGAACGAGGGCUGGUUUGACCCGUGGACUCUGCUGAACGCCUUCAGAAGGAAAGCCCUCUCUAUGGGAGUCAUUCAGUGCUGUGGAGAAGUUACAGAUUUUAAACAUACAGUAAACAAGGUGACAACCACUGAGGGCGAGCAGCUCCAUGUCCGGAGAAUCACUUCUGUCAAUGUGCGGAUGCUGAACAGCCUGGAGUACCAGCUGGUUGAAUGUGCCAUUGUGGUGAAUGCGGCGGGAGCCUUUUCUGGUAAACUGGCAGAGAAGCUGGGAAUUGGCUUCGGUCCCACGGGCUCCAUCGCUGGAAUUCCACUGCCUGUUGAGCCUCGGAAAAGGUAUGUGUAUGUCCUCCACUGUCCUGAUGGUCCAGGUCUGGACACUCCCUUCCUGAUAGACCACUCUGGAGUUUACUUCAGAAGGGAGGGGUUAGGAGGAAACUACAUCGCCGGGGCAUCGCCAGCGGAGGAAGAGGAGCCAGAUACCACUAACCUGGAGGUGGACCAUCAGUUUUUUGAGGACAAGGUUUGGCCUAGUUUGGCCAAUCGAGUCCCAGCCUUCGAGAAACUGAAGGUGACCAGCGCGUGGGCAGGUUUCUACGACUACAACACCUUCGACCAGAACGGCAUCAUCGGUACUCACCCUCUCAUCCACAACAUGUACUUUGCCACCGGGUUCAGCGGCCACGGCCUGCAGCAGUCCCCCGCGGUCGGUCGUGCGGUGGCAGAACUGAUCCUGGACGGGGACUUUAAAACGCUGGACCUGAGUGCCUUCGAUUUCAGACGCAUUCUGGCCCAGGAACCCGUGCUGGAGAGGAACAUCGUGUAGAGGAGCUGGAACCAAUCACACAGCUGCCAAUGCCAAAUUAUCACAACUCUGCUCUUAUUUUUAUACAUUUGAACGUUCUACCAGCAGUAAUAACAAUGUACUCACUUAUCUA